AGAGCCGACACAGCAGCCGCUACAGCUCCAGCCUCCAGAGCAGAGGCCGCUGGAUGAAGGAAGGAAGGAGCGGGCGCUGGAGGUGAAGCGCCCCGCUGCUGCUCUGCUCACUGCGGGCUGAACACGGAGGGAUGGAUUUAAGCAGAUGACUGAGUGUUUGAGAGAUGCUGCAAGAGAAGGCUUCAGCUGUGACGGAUGAAUGCAUGAGCCGGGUUCAGACCAGUGUGGAGACGGAUCACCUCCCAGACCGGCCACCACUGGGCCCGUCCUCAGCCUCCGCCCUUCCCAGCUCCAAUGAGCCUGAGCAGAAGAUCGAGAGCAUCAAGGUCGUCCUUCACGAGAGGGAGCUGUGGAAGAAGUUCCACGAGGCCGGCACAGAGAUGAUCAUUACUAAAGCAGGCAGGAGGAUGUUUCCAAGCUACAAGGUUAAAGUGACUGGGAUGAACCCCAAAACCAAGUACAUCCUACUCAGUGACAUCGUCCCCGCUGACGACCACCGCUACAAGUUCUGUGACAACAAAUGGAUGGUGGCUGGAAAGGCAGAACCAGCGAUGCCGGGGAGACUCUACGUUCACCCAGACUCGCCUGCCACAGGAGCUCACUGGAUGAGGCAGCUGGUGUCAUUUCAGAAACUCAAGCUUACAAACAACCACCUGGACCCUUUUGGACAUAUCAUCCUGAACUCGAUGCACAAGUACCAGCCCCGACUACACAUAGUCAAAGCCGAUGAGAACAACGCCUUUGGAUCCAAGAACACGGCCUACUGCACUCAUGUCUUUCAUGAGACAGCCUUCAUCUCUGUAACCUCUUAUCAAAACCACAAGAUAACACAGCUGAAAAUAGAAAACAAUCCAUUUGCCAAGGGAUUCCGUGGCAGUGAAGAGGGAGAUCUGCGCGUUUCAAGACUACAAGGGAAAGAGUUCCCGGUGAUUUCAAAGAACAUGGUUCGUCAGAGGCUCAUCUCCUCACAUAGUCACCUUGCGGGGAAACUCGGAGCGGGAGUUCUGACGGGACAUCCUCAAGUCCUGUCGUCGUAUCAGUACGAUACUGGGGUUCCCAUGUCAAACGCAGACGCCCAGGAUUCCAUCGCAAACCACUUCACUCAGAGCAGAGAUCCCGGCCUUCUGUACCACUGCUUCAAACACAGAGAUAAUGCCCGACACCUGGAGCUUGGCUGUAAGCGGCCGUAUCUGGACUCGCCAUCCGUGGGUUCAGAGGAGCAUUAUUUUCGUCCGACACCUUCUUACGAAUCGUCCCUGCUGUCCCGUCCAUACUGCUCAGAGGCGAUCGCCUCUCGAGAGGCUUGUAUGUACGGCAGUAUGGACGCAGAGUCUGGAUCUGGUGCAGGAGACUCUGACGACUUGGCCAACUCCCCUUCAGUAAAUUGCAACAUGUGGGCUACGAUGCAGCCCUACCCUCGCUACAGCGUGGAGGGCGUUCCGUACCAGCCCUUCACGGCUCACUUCACCAACGCUGCCGCAGUCACACCGAUGGUGCCACACCACACCCCGUCCAUGGUGUCGAGGCCGCAGGCUGACUUGGGGGUCUACAACUCCUCUUCAGUGCAGCUGCCCAUCAUCCCUCCAUCCUCCUCCUCCUCUUCUUCUUGUUCUCCAGCUGUUCCGGGUUCCAGAGAGCGAUCAGGCCAUCCGUCUCUGUACCACAAGAAGCCAGGCUCACCUCUCCGACCUCACAGAGAUUUCUCAGCCUAUCCUACUCAAGGUACCAUAUCCAUCCGCGAUCCGUCCUACCAGUACCAAGUGGGGCUGAGCAGUGCAGGGACUCACUGGACUGAGAGCUAACAUGGACCACUAGAAAAACCAUUUCUGUCCAACGUACAAGUCUGAAAUUAUUCAAGGUUUCUGCUCCACUGCAGCCUGUCGAUGCCAAUAAGCAAUGGUGGCCACAGCUAUGAAUUAACUCUCAAGCAACUGCAGUAAUAUGUGCAAGGCAGUGGCUGACAUCCACUUAUAGAUAUGUAGCAUUAUGUGCUAUAAGUCUGUGAUCACAUACAGUUAAGUUGUUUCUUCAUACUGAGAUGCAAAGCACAGGUAUGAUCAGUCCUUCAAUUAUGACAAAGGGAGCAUUAAUCUUGUUUACACAACUUAUUCUCAGAUGUUUUAAAAACAAACAUAAAAAAUGAGCUAUUCUUUUUUUAUACAGGGCUUUUAUAUGUUUUGAUUUACAGGCUAGUCUUCCAAGGACAACAGAGCAGUGAAGGUUAAUGGCUUCAUGUAGAGCUCUACUGAAAUAAAAUGAGUUCUGAG